GUGUGGGGCGAUGGCGGUGUGGGGCGCAGGAGACCAGGUGGGGAGCAGCGGUGGUCCGCCGGAGGAGGAGGAGGAGGGUGGAGAGUGGCUGACGGUGGUGGUGGGAGACAGCAGCUUCUCCGCGGAGAAGAGCCUCCUGCUCCGCCACUGCGGCUACUUCCAGGCCCUGUUCCGCUCGGGGAUGAGGGACAGCCGACAGACGCAGGUCCACCUCAGCAACCUGUGCGCCCGCAGCUUCCAGCUGGCCCUGCGGGUGUUCCGGGGCGACAGACCCCUCAUCCUGGACCCGGACCACAUCCAGGAGUCCAUCGAGUGCGCCGCCUUCCUUCAGGCGGCCUCUCUGAGCUGCCACCUCAGCGACCUGCUGGACUCCAGCAACUGCCUGCUCAUGUUCCACGGCGCCGACGCCUACGGCCUGGCCGACCUCGCCGCCGCCGCCGCCCUCUUCAUCAGAGACGUGUACCGGGACCUGGAGGCGGAGCUCCGAGAGACCCUCCCCCCGGAGCUGGUCUCCCGGGUGGAGGCCCUGCCCCCCAGCGUGCUGGUGGCGGUGGGGGCCCACGCCCCCUGCAGCGCCGGGGCCAGCGGCCACGCCGCCUCCAGGACGCUGUGCUACCUGGACGAGGAGCAGGACGUGUGGAAGGAGCUGACCGCCCUGCCGCUGCAGGCCAGCACCUCCAUGGCGGGCGUGGCCGUGCUGGACAACCGGCUGUACGUGGUGGGGGGGGUGCAGGGCAUCCGGAAGCAGCCCAUGGACCAGAGCUUCUGCUACAGCGUGGAGGAGGACGCGUGGAGCCCAAUCGACAGCCCCGUCCAGCCCAGGUACAACUUCCCCCUGGUGGGGCUGGACGGGCGGCUGCUGGCCAUCGGAGGGGAGAGCGGGAACACCGCCAUGUCGUCCGUGGAGACGUUCCACGUGGGAGCCGGGACCUGGACGUUCUCCGCUCACCUGCCGAGACCGGCGGCCGGCGCGGCCUGCGCCAAGACCCUGGGCCGGGUGUUCGUGUGCCUCUGGAGGCCCAUGGAGACCACGGAGAUCUGGGAGCACUCGGCGGGCGGCGGUGGGGGGGCGUGCGGGGGCGGGGCGUGGACCCUGGUGGCCACGCUGAUCCGCCAGCAGAGCUACGGCCACGCCCUGGUGGGCCACGGCGACCGGCUGUACGUGGUGCGUAACGGCCCCUCGGACGACUUCCUGCGCUGCCUGCUGGACUGCUACAGCCUGAGCACGGGCCAGUGGAGCGCGCUGCCGGGCCACUACCCCAACAGCAAGGGCGCCCUGUUCACCGCCGUGGUGCGGGGCGACGGCGUGCUGACCCUCAGCCGCAGCGCCACCCAGGAGUACGGGCUCCAGGACGGCACCUGGAGGCCCCGCCGCCAGGGGAAGGGCUUCCCCCGGAGCGGCUCCCUCUGGACCUUCCUGCUCCGGCUGCCGAGCGCUCCCUAGCAACAGCUUGACUCCGUGAGGGGGGGGCGGGGUCGGAGGUCAUGGACGUUGUGGGUAACCAAUCAGGUUACACACUCAGGGUUAGUAGGUCUAGUCUGGUUAGAAUCCUCAGGGGGACCAGGUCUCUUAGGGUUAGUAGGGUUAGUAGGUCCAUAGGGUUAGUAGGUCUAGUAGGGUUGGUAGGUCUAGUAGGGUUAGUAGGUCUAGUAGGGUUGGUAGGUC